UCCCGGCGUACUGUAGCCGAUUAAAUCGCGCGCGCCGGCCGGGGAUGUCCAUCGUCAGCUAUAACGGCCCAGAUGAAUGAUCCGAAGGCCACAUUUAAGUCUCCUCUUGACCGGCGAGGCCGUUGCUUCUCCGGACUGCCCGGCCGGCCGCCCGGUCCACGUCGGGAAUAAUCCGAAAGCGCACGCGCACGUACGCCUCCAUCACUCACGGGCAAUCAAAUCGCCAUGUGACUUGCUGACGCGACGCGACGCGACACCAUCGGAACCUUCACCGUACGUACCUCCCGGUGAAGCAUCCAUGAAGCUCGCCGGCCGUUCGUGGGCAGUAUAAAUCGCGGCGCAUGCCACGAGGAACCCCGUCAAAGCAGUUAGCUCAGGCCCACCACCACCGGUAACGUAGCCAGGCACGUAGCUCGUCUGGGCAGUGCACUCAUGGCGGCCUCGCUGGGACUUACCAGCCAUGAAGAAGCCUGCUACUCUGCCCACCCGGCCGGCUCCUCCCUGUACAACUUCCAAGACGGCGAACCCUUCGGGGCGGCGGCCGACGGUGCCGCGGCGCUGAGCUUCCAGGAGCUCGUGGACGCCGCUCGACCCUCCGACUACGCGCCGCUUCCGGCGUUCGGCGCCGCUGGAGGCGAGGCGAUGAGCAUGUACGAGCGGAGCGUCGUCUUCCCUAUGACGACGUCCUCGUACUACUGCGACGGCGCCGGGAUGUUCGACGACGACGCGGCGGCGAGGGGGAGAGGGGGAGGGGUCGGUGCUAUGGCAGGGCGGCCGUCGGGGAGGAUCGGGUUCCGGACCCGGUCGGAGGUGGAGGUGAUGGACGACGGGUUCCGGUGGAGGAAGUACGGCAAGAAGGCGGUGAAGAGCAGCCCCAACCUGCGGAACUACUACCGCUGCUCCGCCGACGGGUGCGGGGUGAAGAAGCGGGUCGAGCGGGACCGCGACGACCCGCGCUACGUCCUCACCACCUACGACGGCGUCCACAACCACGUCGCCCCCGGCGGCGGCACGCCGUCGCGGGCGGCGCCGGCGUACUCGGCGCCGGCCGCGCCAGCUUGGACCUGGAGCGAGCUGCAUGCGGCGGCGGCGGCGGCGGCUCACUCCUCGGAGUCCUACUGAACUGAGCUAGCUAGUGCAUGCCUACUGAUCCACCAGUACGUAGCUGGUUCCCUUAGUUUUAUGAUCGAUUACGGUUCAGAAAUCUCACGGAUGCAUGUAGUAUACGGUUCGUGGCCUUGAUGGUGGUGGUGUGCCGUCACCGAAUAAUUCGGUCGCUUCCACUGCCAUUGUGCACGGUGGAGACGCCGAUCGACGGCAUAUGCAUCACCGAUCUGUAGAAAGAAAAUAAAUUGGUGCACGAACAUAGCCUCAAAAGAGAAAAAUGGAGCACGAAACAGAUUAACAAAUGCAUGUACAUACGGCAAUCAUUCCUCGGCAAGUUGGUAGGCUCCACAAUGCGAGUCCGUCCAUUCUUUCUGAAACCGUUAAGGGCCUGUUUGGAGAGAAGUAACACCUUCACCUAGUUUCGUUGCCUACAUACCCUUUAGGUUGCAUGGAUGUAAUGGAAGGUAUGUUGUUCGAUUGUUCGUUUGUCUAAACGCAAACACAAGACAUUGAUGUUUGGUUGCAUGCAUUGCAUGAUGUCUGGUAA